AUGCCACCAUCCACCAAAGAAGGCCGAGUGAUCAAGCCCAAAACCACACAGACAGGUCGACGCGUACAAUCGCACAACAAAAAUCUCCCGCUGGUCGAGCGGACCAACGCACUACUCAUUCAUGAGUUCAUUUCGCACUACGUGACUCCACUGGUAGCUGCUGAGACACAACAACUACCAGCAGAUGUGACCAAGGAUCAGACAGGUCCGGUCGCAGGCCAGUCCAAGCAGGAUGCGUCUCCCGCAGCGCCGCUGGACGUGUACUCGGCGGCAUCCAUCUCCAACACAGAUCUCGAGGCGUGUCUCGACCUGAUUGAGCUGACGUCGGGAGAGGCCUACUCGGCAUCCAGUAUGGGCUGGUCGCGCACCAAGAAGCGGAAGGAGAUGAAGUUGCCGGAUAUGAAAUAUUUGAUUGUGCGGGAAGACCCAAAGACCAGCAACAAUGACAACAAUGACAACAAUGACAACAGUAACAUAAACAAAAACAACAAGAAUGAGGAUAGGUCGCAUCUUCCCACAGAAGAAGGAGGAGAAGAGCAACGCGAUGUUCCACCCGACGACCUGGUUCCACAACCCGCCCCUGCACCGGUCCUGGGCUUCCUUUCGUUUAUGGUCACCUACGAGGACAGCAAAGAAGUGGUCUAUUGCUACGAGAUCCACCUGUCGCCGACGGCGCGCGGGUGGGGCAUCGGGAAGAUGCUGAUGGGUCGGAUGGAGGAGAUCGGGCGGCUGGUCGGCUUGGAGAAGGCGAUGCUGACGGUGUUCAAGUCGAAUGAGUCGGCCCGGCGGUUCUACGAGCGGGUCGGGUAUGAGAUUGAUGAGUACUCGCCGCGGCCGCGCAAGUUGAGGAAUGGGACUAUCAAGGACGUGGACUAUUUGAUCUUGUCGAAGAAAUUGAAGUGA